AUGUCCCUUCAGACGGGCAAAUUGACGAAACUGAUGGCCCGUCUCAAGUCUCUGAUGCACAAGCCGGAAGAGUUGGAGGACUGCAUUCUGGUGCGUGAGAUCGAGUCCCGUCUCCCAACCACUGGACUCUCGCAAAUGUCGGCCGGCGCCGUCGGACGCUCACUGGCCGGCGGAAGCGGCGUCGGCAGCGGCGCCAUCGGCGUCAAAGUCUGCGUCCUCUCGGUCUACCUUCCUCAGCCGGGCGAGUAUGCGCUUGAAGUGUUCGGCGCUCCUCCCGACGUCGAGGACGGCUCGUCCUACUUUCUGGUGCUGGAGGCAUACGCAAGUUGGCCAUUAUCCAAGGCUCUACGCUCCCGACUGGCGACUGUGACGAUGGGACCUCAAGAUGAUCGAGUCUGGAUGGAACUCGGUUUACGGACGAGUUCUCAUCCCGAUCCACUGAUUCGAGUGCCCACCACGGAGCGCGAGGGUUCUCGUCGUCUGUUGAAUGCACCCCUCACCAAGUCACAAGUGCUGCAGAACUUCGCGUCGAGACCAACCGGCUCGGACGAGCCGAGGCCACCGUUGGACGCCUCUGCGGCUUCAGCAGAACUGGCCGACCCUCAAAAGGCACCAAUUCUUAAAGAGGGAGGGCAGGGCAAUGUUGUGAACCCUCAGACAACGCAAGAUGCCGACCUUGUGGUCAGCAUUGAGGCGCUUCACGACCGAAGAUUGAUAGUCCUCGGGCAACUGGUCGACAUAACUGGAGAAGAAGAAGAGGUAUGCUCGGAGUUAUAUUUUACAAAUGGGUUGAUCCGAUUCAUUUGA